AUGACCGCUUCAGUUUUCUCCAACCUCGGCUUCGUCCACUCUCUGAACGUCCUGCUCCUGGUGUUGACUGGUUUGAGCCGGGGCAGUCCCAUCAAGCCCAGCGAGAGCCGCGGCAGGGCCUCGGUUAGUAUCGAUGUGGACGACAAUCAGCUAGUGGAUGCGCAGGACUUUCUGAGCCAGUUUCUGUCCACGCUGAACCUCACGAUGCUCAGGCCCCAGACCAGGCCCCUCGCUGCCCAUAAAGAGCCACCACAGUACAUGCUGGAGCUGUACAACCGAUUCGUCAACGACCGCACUGCUGUGCCGUCAGCCAACAUUGUGCGCAGCUACAAGAACGAAGAUUCUUCCCCCUACAGUAUAGGGAACAGGGGUGUAAGGAUACAUCCCCUCCUGUUCAAUAUCUCCUUGCCCCACCACGAGCACAUCACAAUAGCAGAGCUUCGACUUUUUACUCUGGUUCGGAGAGCCCAGAGACCAUAUCCUGGCAUUGAUUGCAAGGUGACAAUCUAUAAAGUGCACGAGGGUGUCGUCUGGACAAAAGAGGUGGGGAAAGAAGGGAGAAGGAGGGAUAAAGAGGAGGUGGUGGAGAUGAAGGAUUUGGAGGAACUGGUGACAAAGCAUAUCCGUGCCAAAGAUAAUAGCUGGGUGUUGUUUGACCUGACUCAUGUGGUCGCGCUCUGGCGGAAGUCGGGGUGUGCGACUCACAGACUGGAGGUUCACGUUGCGAGUGUGGGGUCACGGGAGGAUGAAGGUGCCGCGGAGGAGGGACCGGUGGAGAUUGACUUUGACAGGAGCCUGGACGGGAAACACAACGCGGUGAUGAUUGUGUUCUCAGAUGAUCAGAGCAGAGAUUACAAACAGGACAAACAAGAGCUCAACACGAUGAUCAGACAUGAGAAUGACCUUCCUGAAAACGUGGGCAGGAGCCAGCAGCCGCUCUGGGAUCACGUUAAUCACAACACCGGCCAUGUUAACCAGGACGAGCCGGACAAACAGUCUCUCAUGCAGCUGCAGUCCAACCUUAUCUAUAACACACCUCCUCGAAUCCGUCGCAAUGUUAAGAGCGAGUCAUGCAAGAGGACGCCUCUCUUUGUGGAUUUUAAAGACAUCGGCUGGGAUACGUGGAUCAUCCAGCCUCUGGGCUACGAAGCGUACGAGUGCAACGGCGUUUGCAACCCGCCCAUGACCGCUGAGGUCUCGCCUACCAAACACGCCAUCGUGCAGACACUGCUGAGCGUUAAGAGUCCUGAGAGAGCAUCGCGUGCCUGCUGUGUUCCCACUAAGCUGGAGCCCAUCUCGCUCCUUUAUCACGAUAACGGGGUGAUCACGUUCAACCACAAGUACGAGGGGAUGGUGGUGGCAGAGUGCGGCUGCAGAUAG